UGUCUACCUGUACCCACCUGACACUCUGUCACAACUGCAACCACCUUCCAGAAGCUGUGCAUCAACCAACCGGACCGUGGAGCUUCUACUGACCUGGACAAAUGAUCCAUUUCUAAUCGUGGAUAGGAAAGCCUCCAGAUCUGAACAUCCCUGACAAUCCCUUACAUUUGGAGUCAACCCAAACUGAUAGUGCCGCCAUGCCAGCGGGAUCCGUAAGACUACAAAGCAUCAAGAAACUCGGACAGGAUAACCACAGCUAUGAGGUUUCCGGCGAAGAACCAGCUGGCUCUUACAUGUCCAUGACUAAUUCUAAGAACACGGAGAAAGCUCAAGGAAACCAAGACCAACCUGCUAUUAGAGUCAGCUUCUUCCAGCUGUUCCGCUUUUCCACCUGCAAAGAUGUUGUGAUGAUGGUGGUGGGCAGCCUGUGUGCAGUGCUGCAUGGCUCGGCCCAGCCCCUCAUGUUGCUGGUGUUCGGCAUGCUCACCGACACCUUCAUCGAGUACGACAUCGAACUCACCGAGCUGAACGACGACAGGAAGGAGUGCGUGAACAACACCAUCCAGUGGAAGAGGAACUACAGCGCAGCAGCAGACCUGAGUCUGCCUCUGAACCUGUCGGACCUGGGUCUUAUCAACUCCACAUUAGAGAUGUUCACUCCACUGGGAAACAUGUCGUGUGGGCUUCUUGACAUCGAACACGAAAUGACCAUGUUUGCCUUCUAUUAUGUUGGGAUAGGAUUGUCUGUAUUCAUACUCGGAUACGUUCAGAUCUCUCUGUGGGUGACAGCCGCUGCCAGGCAGAUUCAGCUCAUCAGAAAAAUGUACUUCAGCAAAGUGAUGAGGAUGGAGAUCGGCUGGUUUGACUGCACCUCUGUGGGGGAGCUCAACACUCGCAUGUCAGAUGACAUAAACAAGAUCAAUGACGCCAUUGCGGACCAGGUGGCCAUAUUUAUCCAGCGCUUCACCACGUUUGUAUGUGGUUUCUGCGUCGGGUUUGUCAAAGGGUGGAAGCUGACGCUCGUCAUCAUCGCUGUCAGUCCACUGAUUGGGAUUGGAGCAGGUCUCAUGGCUUUGUUCGUGGCUAAACUGACAGGAAUGGAGCUGCAGGCCUACGCGACAGCUGGAGCUGUGGCUGACGAGGUCCUCUCCGCCAUCAGAACUGUAGCUGCUUUUGGAGGAGAGAACAAGGAAGUAGAAAGGUAUGACAAGAACUUGAUCUCGGCUCAGCGAUGGGGGAUCAGGAAGGGUAUGAUCAUGGGUUUUUUCACCGGAUACAUGUGGCUGAUCAUCUUCCUGUGCUAUGCACUGGCCUUCUGGUACGGCUCUACUCUUGUCAUAGACACAGGGGAGUACACUCCGGGAACACUACUGCAGGUGUUUUUCGGGGUGCUGAUUGCAGCCAUGAAUUUGGGACAAGCCUCCCCUUGUUUGGAGUCAUUUGCAUCCGGCCGUGGAGCCGCAACCAUAAUAUUUGAGACUAUUGACAGGGAGCCAGAGAUUGACUGUUUAUCAGAGGCUGGAUAUAAGCUGGACAGGGUGAAAGGAGAUAUUGAAUUUCACAACGUGACCUUCCACUAUCCAUCCAGGCCUGAAGUUAAGAUCCUGGACCAGCUCAACGUCGCUGUGAAGUCGGGUGAGACCACCGCCUUUGUGGGGCCGAGCGGAGCAGGGAAGAGCACUGCCAUUCAACUCAUUCAGCGUUUCUACGACCCUAAAGUAGGGAUGGUGACACUGGACGGUCAUGACAUCAGAGGCCUGAACAUCCAAUGGCUGCGCUCUCUGAUUGGCAUCGUGGAGCAGGAACCUGUACUGUUUGCCACCACCAUUGCAGAGAACAUACGCUAUGGUCGACCCGGGGUCUCUAUGGAGGACAUCAUCACUGCUGCGAAGGAGGCCAACGCAUACAACUUCAUUAUGGACCUUCCACAGAAAUUUGACACUUUGGUAGGGGAAGGUGGGGGCCAGAUGAGCGGUGGGCAGAAACAGAGGAUAGCUAUUGCUCGUGCGCUGGUCAGGAACCCACGCAUCUUACUGCUGGACAUGGCGACCUCUGCUCUGGACAAUGAAAGUGAAGCUAUUGUCCAGGAAGCUUUGGAUAAAGUACGCAUGGGACGCACCACCAUCUCAAUUGCUCACCGACUGUCCACCAUUAAGAACGCAGACGUGAUAGUUGGUUUCGAACAUGGCCGGGCAGUGGAGAGGGGCAAACACAACGAACUGUUGGAGAGGAAGGGGGUAUACUUCACUCUGGUAACCCUGCAGAGCCAAGGAGACAAGGCUUUGAAUGAGAAAGCCAGGCAAAUGGCUGAUGAAGAAGAACAGGAGCCAGAGCGGUUAAAUCUCGCCAGAGCGGGCAGCUAUCGUGCCAGUUUAAGAGCCUCAAUCCGCCAGAGGUCUCGAUCCCAGCUUUCCAACCUGGUCCCAGAAUCCUCAGUACCCAUUGCUGGAGAUCUCGCACCCAGAGCCUUCGCAAUGCCCCAAGAAGAUCAAGUUAAGAAAGCCAUACCAGAAGAGGAUGACGAUGAACUUGUAGAACCUGCUCCAGUUGCCAGGAUUCUGAAGUACAACGCGCCUGAGUGGCCUUACAUGCUUUUUGGAUCUCUUGGGGCUGCAGUUAAUGGAGGAGUUAACCCAGUUUAUGCACUGCUGUUCAGUCAAAUCUUGGCGACGUUUGCUGUGACAGACCCUGAGGCUCAAAGGAAAGAGAUUGAUGGAAUCUGUGUGUUCUUUGUUAUUGUUGGAGUCGUCUCUUUCUUCACCCAGAUGCUGCAGGGUUAUGCCUUUGCCAAGUCUGGAGAGCUGCUGACCCGCAGGUUAAGGCGAAUCGGUUUCAAAGCCAUGCUUGGGCAAGAAAUUGGUUGGUUUGAUGAUCACAGGAACAGCCCUGGGGCGCUCACCACUCGUCUGGCAACUGAUGCUUCGCAAGUGCAAGGGGCUACAGGCUCCCAGAUUGGUAUGAUCGUCAACUCUCUGACCAACAUCGGCGUGGCCCUCAUCAUGUCCUUCUACUUCAGCUGGAAGCUCACACUCCUCAUCCUCUGCUUCCUGCCGUUCAUCGCUCUCUCAGGUGGCUUUCAGGCCAAGAUGCUCACAGGUUUCGCCAAGCAGGACAAGCAGGCCAUGGAAUCUGCUGGGCAGAUUUCAGGGGAAGCCUUGAACAAUAUUCGCACCAUUGCUGGCUUAGGGAAGGAGAGGAGCUUUGUGGAAACGUAUGAGGCUCACUUGACCGCUCCGUAUCAAGCGGCCUUGAAGAAGGCGAACGUGUACGGGGCUUGUUAUGGUUUCGCCCAGUGUGUGAUCUUCUUGACGAAUGGUGCGUCCUUCAGGUUUGGAGGUUACCUGGUGGAACAAGAGGGGCUCCAUUUCAGCUUGGUGUUCAGGGUGAUCUCAGCGAUCGUCACCAGCGGCACCGCUUUAGGCAGAGCCUCCUCUUACACUCCGGAUUAUGCCAAGGCUAAGAUAUCAGCAGCACGUUUCUUCCAGCUGCUGGACCGUGUGCCUACCAUCAGCGUCUACAGCAACAGGGGAGAAAAAUGGGAUAACUUCCAAGGGAACCUUGAGUUCAUAGAUUGCAAGUUCACUUACCCCACUAGACCUGACAUCCAGGUGCUGAAUGGCUUAAAUGUUUCAGUAAAGCCUGGACAGACAUUGGCCUUCGUGGGCAGCAGUGGCUGUGGGAAGAGCACCAGUGUGCAGCUGCUAGAGCGGUUCUAUGAUCCUGAUCAUGGCAAAGUGCUGAUUGAUGGGCAUGAAUCAACUCGCGUCAACGUGCCCUUCCUUCGUUCCAAGAUUGGCAUUGUUUCACAAGAGCCUGUGCUGUUUGACUGCAGCAUUGCGGAGAACAUUAAGUAUGGAGACAACUCGCGAGAAAUCAGCAUGGACGAAGUCAUCUCGGCUGCCAAGAAGGCCCAGCUUCAUGACUUUGUUAUGGCACUCCCAGAGAAAUACAACACCAACGUGGGCUCUCAGGGUUCUCAGCUGUCUCGUGGUCAGAAACAGCGCAUCGCCAUUGCCAGGGCAAUCAUACGUGACCCCAAGAUCCUGCUCCUGGAUGAGGCAACCUCCGCCUUGGACACGGAGAGCGAGAAGACUGUUCAAGAAGCCCUGGACAAAGCCAGAGAGGGACGGACAUGCAUCGUCAUCGCUCAUCGCCUAUCCACCAUUCAGAACUCUGACAUCAUCGCUGUCAUGUCCAGGGGCUUUGUCGUUGAGAAGGGGACGCAUGACCAGCUCAUGGCCAUGAAUGGAGCUUAUUACAAGCUGGUUACGACGGGAGCACCAAUCAGCUAACGGGUUGCAGUCACGGCCAGAAGUGGUUUACAGGAGAUCAGGACUAAAAGUACGCCUAACUUGAUAUCUAAUGAAGAGAAACCGUGGAUAAACCAAUCUACUGUUGCAAUAUUUAUUUUUAUGAUGGUAUCCUGCGAAGAAAAAGAAAACAAAGGGAAAAUGAAGAGAACUAAAGCUUUGAACAGCAGCUCACGUUUUUGUUUCUUACUGUUCUACAAUAGUUAAAAGUGUCCAAAAUCUACUGUACUAAAUGAGUUGCUAGAAGUGGUGGGGAAAAUUAUUUUCUCUCACAUAAAAUCUAAUUAUAAUUUUUUUAUUCACUUUACAUUUUGCCAACUCUGAUUUAUUGCUUCCUUCACAUUCUAUUAUGAAACAGUUUUCUGUAAAAGUUUAAAGUGUAUCGAUAACAGUUUUUUUCAUUGCUACAUAAUUUGCCUUUAGAAAUUAAUUGUGUUGAAUUGUUACAAGUGUGUUGUUUAAAACGAGAAAUCUUUGUUAGUUUGAUCUAAUUUUCUCAUAAAAAGGAUUGGACCGAUUAUUGUUGCACAUAACUUUAGCAUCCAUAUUUUUUUAAAUUAAAGGCUGUGAUAUUAAUCAAAUAAAAAACUAUGCAC